UAAAAUAAACUAGCAGUUCACAUAUUUUAUAUGUUGUGUUAUUACUUGUUAAAGCCGUACAACGCGUGUGAUAUUUACUGCAAUUUAAAUGCAGCUAUUUAGCUUCUUGUAAAGCCACCAAAUUAAAGAGAUACAGUUCCAUUCAUUUAAAUUAGAUGUUUAUAGAGUUACGCCGGUGGCUGACUAUUAGAUUUUUGUAGACCAAAUGUUGUUAAAACAGCUGACAUUACAUAGUAGCCAACCCGCUCGUUACCUAAGCACCAGCUUAGCGAGGCCCCAAUCCUUUAGAAAAUGGUACCAGCAACUAUGGACAACCAAGCGCACAAAUCUGCCACCAUACGGCCACUUCACACAAAUCGGAGAUCCCGUGCUCCGUGACAAGGCAGCCGAGGUGCCCGCAGACUAUGUGGACAGCAAGGAGAUCCGGGCGAUCGUUGAUCAGAUGGUGAGUGUGCUGCGCAAGUACAACUGUGUGGGCAUUGCGGCGCCCCAAAUAGGUGUCUCCCUGCGUAUUAUCGCCAUGGAAUUUAAUCCAAGCAUCAAAAAGGAACUGCCCGAUAUCACGUGGAAAACGCGUCAAAUGUCCGAGCUGCCGCUAACAGUGUUUAUCAAUCCCCAGCUAGCAGUCACCGAUUACAUUAAGCACAAACAUGCCGAGGGCUGCAUGAGUGUGCGUGGCUUCUCCGGGGAAGUGGAGCGAUAUGGGGGCGUUAAACUCUCAGGCCUAAAUAGAGACGGUGUCGCCACAGAGCUGGAGCUGAGCGGAUGGAAUGCACGCAUAGCACAGCAUGAAAUGGAUCAUUUGGAUGGCAAGCUGUAUAUCGAUCACAUGGAUCGAUCCACGUUUAUGUGCACGUGCUGGGAGACGGUGAACACAAAGUCGGGACGCGUCGAAAUACCAUUUUAUAAAUAAUUUUGUAUGUGAUGAAUUUCGUUUAUAACAUGGAAUGUAAAUGUUCAAAUUGAUUGGCAACUCCUCUUCUAUGCAUGUAUAUUCACUUAUCGGUCAUGUACAUCCUUAGAUGUUGAUUAGCCGUGCCCAGCGCCGUCUUCGCCUUGAAAUACUCGGGGCUAUCCCACAGAGCACGUUUGUCCAUCAUAUAUGUGAACAACUCGUCGUACUCGCGCUGCAACAACUUGUGUGUGGUUGACACCUUCCCACGCAGCUCGUCAAUUGCCCGCAACAAGCGCAAACGCGUCACAUCAAAGAUUGCAGCCUCUUCAACUUCAGGUGCAGUCUUGGUGACGCCUUCUUGCUGAAGCGUUCGUAGAUGCAUGCGCAUAUUCUGCCAAUCGUCCCAUUGCAACUGCAGGCACUUUCCCAAAUACUUGAGCACUGCGGUCCGUAGAAUGAACUGCCGGAUACCGGGAUGCGCAAUAUCGCGAACUCGCGCUCGGAACAUGCCUCUCAACAGUUGCUCAAAUCCUGUGAUUAGUUAAUGAUUACAUUGAAUGUUGUUAUAGCUGUGUAGUUUACUUCAAUGUGAAAACUAUUUCCCACAUUCUCAAGCAUAUCCAUUUCAAGUGGGAACUUAAAAACCAAAGCUAAAAUAUAAAAGAAAAUUUUGAAAAUAUGAAAAGAACGAUGUCGAAGUUGCUGUUGCAACCUUUCUGUAAUUAUUGUUCCCAAUGAAUAAUUUGUUAUAAUUUCCGUUUGCUAUAGUACAUAUAGCUGGAUUUAUGAGUUUUCUUAUAAAAAAAACUAUAAUUGAAAUCAAACUAUUUCAUAUUUAUCUUUAACUUCAGUUCAAAUUAAGUUAUGUACAUAUAUCAAAAGCCAUCUUUAAAUUACAUUUUAAUUUCUACCUAAAUUUCUCAUUCAUAAUCAAUCGAUCAUGCAAUAAAUCCACAAUGUAUAAAUCUUAAACUACAAAAUCCAUUCUGUCAAAUAAACCUCUAUCUAAUCCAAAUCCAAAGAUUAAAAGAAAAAACGCGCAGAUUAUACAAAAGUCGUCCGAUUAGAUAUAUUUAGGCGCAAUAUGCAAAACAAUAAACAUAUAAUAAAAGAGUUAGGAAUGAUUAAACUAGAAUUCAAAUAAUAAUUGGAAUUGUUUGAUUUAGAACAGUCCCUCAAUCUGACCAGUUUCGGUAUUCAGAUCGAUGUCAUAGAUGGCCGGGCGUGUGGAGAGUCCCGGCAUUUUGGUAAUAUCACCGCACA